AAGUCGCGUUUUUUGCGCCAGGCUGCACUGCAAAAGGUGAUGCUUUGUACCAGCACUCUCUUCUCUGAGUCUGACUUAUGGCACAAACUCCAAAUAACGCCCUUUUGCGUCCGUGCUACACCCAGAGAAUGCAGCACAGACUCCAGACACCAAUGGUACGACCCGCACCAAGUUCAAUCCGCGCGCCUUUCUCCCGCGCAAGAUGCUGCCCAGCCACUUCUGCUGGCGUAGCUCCGAGUGCAAGCAGCAUCCGUUUUCUUGGUUCUUCUUCGUCAUCCUCCAGUGGAGGUAGUGCAGCCCCCGCAGCCCAAAGCGCAUUGCCGCAACAUCCUCUGAAGCCGCCAGACGAUGUGGCAAACCCACAAAAUCGGAAAACGCCUCAAGAAUUGAACUACGAGCUCUGCCAAAUGCCAAUGUCAAACAUCAACCGAGCCCAUGGAGCGUAUUUGCCGCAGACGAAUCCCAAGCAUCCUCUGUACGAGUCGCGUACUAGUAAAAACAUCGAAAGUGCAGCGCUGGCUCCCGCGCUUCAAGCAUUCUCCUCUACACUGGCGAAAGCUUCCACUUCCUCGAGUAGUAGCUCCAGUACAGUGUUAUCGACUACGACAUUCCGUGUAACUACAGGAGGUUCCGAGCUGAUGGGUGACGUGCCACAAAAAGGACCAAGAGUCGUCCUUGAAGAUAGCACCGCCAGUCGCGGACGAAGAAGUGUUCGGCGACAGCGUUUGAGGGCCGCUAUGGAUGAGGUAAAGGCUUCUACGCAACAUGAUCAGGGUCAGAACGAACCUCAUAGCGCUGCAGCUACCACCAAUUCCGUCACAAAAAUCACUGCUCACCUUGACACGUCGACUCCUGUGUUUUCAGAAGAUGCUUCGGCAACAACUACCCGACGACCCAAAACCCGGAACUUCUCGAAGAGAAAAUACCGUCGCAAGCCGCAUUGGCAGUUCCCGAUGGAAAAAGUUCCCUCGGAACUGAAAUCCAAACUCCUCCAGCAGAUGCGCGACCCGGGGAAGCUGCAGAGAUUUUUGAGCAACAAAUUCAAGAAGUUCACUAAAUCGCUUUUGAAGUUCAACCGGACCCGAUCGGAAAAAGCGUUCGAGACCUCCUGGUAUCGCAAGUUGGUCACGAACAAACGACCAGCCGGCAUUCACGACCCGCCGGUGGUGCGAAGACCGGGAGAUCUGGUGCAAAUGACACCACUGUUGAAAAACUGGUGGUGCAUGCCAGCGGUUGGGUUCAACAGCAUCCUGCAGAUUCCAAGUCACAAAUUUGAGGUUUUUGAAGACGAUUUUCCAGAGGAGCAGGAGAAAAACGCGGGUACUGCAGAAAACCACCAGGGUGCAGCAGGUGCGGAAUCAUCAUCAUCAUCGUUCAAAGCCGACCCCACGUCCGCUGCCAUCGUCGUCAACAACCACCUGGUUUCCAACACGGGUAUCAUCGUUUCGCGCGAUUUAAAAUCCGUUUUGUCCGAGGUGAUUGUCCCCAACGAUGUCUUCGGGUUGCCGCUGCGGAAAGACCUGAUCCACUGGGCGUAUUGGUUUUACCGAAAGGCGUUAGCCGGGUACGACAACCAGUCGCAAUACGACAAGGCCGACUGGCCGCAAUCGAACAAAAAGUUUCGGAACCAAAUUCGCAGCGGCCGAGCACGGAUGAGCACGCGAUGCAGCCACAAAUCGUGGGAAGGCAGCUUCUGCCACCCGAUUAGGCCACAUGUACUUUACUAAACUUAGUCCGUAAUAAUCUUGCCGGUGGUUAUGAUGUUUCUCGACUCGAAACCGAAAAGAUGGAAAUUGCUACUCGAUUUCGAUGCUUUCUUUUGGUUUUAUUUCGAACAAACUGCUCUCGAAGUAUUCGCUAUCCUCAAGCUCAAGUGGCGCGCAGCUAGAAUGGUCUAAUAAAAUCACUUGAACUACGCAAAACUCUUCAGGAUUGGCGGCAGAAAAACAACAAGCGGAUGAUGUGGCUGGCGACAAAGUCCAUGCUUUCCGCGAAGUUCGCCCAGGGCGAAAUCAUCCUUGUCGACAAUUUCAAUCUCUCCUCCCACAAAACCAAGCACGUCGUCCAGUGUUUCCGGAGACUUGUUGGGGACAAGUGCAACUCCGCCCUCUGUUGCCACGAGGGCACCCGAGAUGUCAACGACGCUUUCCGCUGGGCGACGGCACACAUCGCGGCCGUGCGGCGGUGCAACGUCGAGGGGAUCGACGUCUACAAGUUGUUGAAGUACCGCUACCUCAUCAUCACCGAGCUCGGGUUGCAGAAUCUGAUUUACAAGCUGCAAUCCUACCCGAAAUUACGGAAGUGGGGCCCUAAAUACGCCACGCCGGACGGACGUGUUGUUCCGGUGAAACACCGACCGAAAAUGGUCCCCGGGUGGAACUCAGCUUGGAAGGAACGGAAGGAGAGACUCCGGAACAGUGAAUUCCGCGCGAAACUGUACGCCGUGGAGCGGAAGAAAUGGAAGUGGAGCAACCGGCUCGAGGGGGCCUUGAAACUGCGCGCAGAAGACCCACUGUACCGGUUCCGGUUGAAAAACUUCGGCGCUCUGGAUCAAACAAAACCGUGGGAAAAAAUGGAGGACAUCUACUUAGACGACGAGCUGACGCUCGAAGACGCGUACCAGGCGGGAGAAGAGGAGAUGGAAAGGCAGGAAACCGAGCAAGACCCGGAGUAUUUGGUGGACGGAAGCAGUUUGCAAGAGUCGAUCGAACGCUCGCGGUUGAUGAUCGGAACGAAAGAGGGGGUGAAAGGGUUGAGUCCAAUGGGAAAUCGGUAUGUAGACGUGGGGACGACGAGCACCCGGAGUGCUGGUUUUGGUUCGACAUUCCCGGAAAAUGGUCGUGAGGAACUACAGGCUGGUGCUCGAAAAAAUUCCAGCGAACAACAAGACGACACGUUGAAGAGCGUGUGGCGGGCUGGUGCGAGGUACGACGCUUUUGUCAAGCAGGAAGGGAAGGCCGAGGCGACCUCUCCCAAGAAGAUGCUGCCCACGAACAAGAUGAAGAACAAGAAGGAGGAAAUGUCUUCCAAAUCCGACGAGGACGAUGAGGAUUUUGAUUGCGAAGACGAUGGUGAGGACGACGAGUUUGAUGAGGAUGACGACGCGGAUGAGGAUUUAAACGACUAAAAAAGCGGCUCUUUCAACUGAAGCAGCAAAACUCGUUCUCGUCGUCGUUCUGCGCAAGCAUCAGCUGGUGUACGUGUUUCAUGAAUUUUCCUCAUCUGCUCGUACUAGAGAAUACAGAUUGAAGUCCUCAUAUCCAACCUUUUAGAGAAUCAAGAU